AGAAGCGCGGCGGCGGCGGCGGCUCCGCCUCCCUGUGGUCGGUGCGCGGCCUGGAGUCCCCGCCUCCUGCCUCCCUCCUCCCUGCCCGGCUGGCCUCUCUCUCUCUCUCAGGCAGCCAUGGCGGCGGCGGCGGAGCAGGAGCAGCAGCAGUUCUACCUUCUCCUAGGCAACCUGCUCAGCCCGGACAAUGUCGUCCGGAAACAGGCCGAGGAAACAUAUGAGAACAUACCAGGCCAAUCUAAAAUUACAUUCCUUCUACAAGCUGUCAGAAAUACUACGGUUGCUGAAGAGGCUAGACAAAUGGCUGCUGUGCUUCUCCGAAGACUUUUGUCAGCUUCUUUUGAGGAAGUUUAUCCAACGUUACCCCCUGAAGUUCAAACUGCUAUCAAAAGUGAAUUGCUGUUGAUUAUUCAGCUGGAAACACAAUCCAGUAUGAGGAGAAAAAUAUGUGAUAUCGUAGCUGAGCUGGCCAGGAAUCUAAUAGAUGAGGAUGGCAAUAACCAAUGGCCUGAAGGGCUGAAGUUUUUGUUUGACUCUGUCAGCUCUCAAAAUGUGGGACUGCGCGAAGCUGCACUUCACAUCUUCUGGAACUUUCCUGGUAUUUUUGGAAAUCAACAGCAGCAUUAUUUGGAUGUCAUCAAACGGAUGUUGGUGCAGUGUAUGCAAGAUCAGGAGAAUCCCACGAUCAGGACACUGUCGGCUAGGGCUGCGGCUGCAUUUGUUCUUGCUAAUGAGCAAAAUCUUCCUCUUCUAAAACAUUUUGCAGACUUACUUCCAGGAAUCCUGCAGGCGGUAAAUGACUCCUGUUACCAAAAUGAUGAUUCAGUAUUGAAGUCCCUUGUAGAGAUUGCAGAUACGGUUCCAAAGUAUCUACGGCCACACUUAGAACCUACAUUGCAACUAAGUUUGAAGUUGUGUGCAGAUACUAAUCUCAGCAACAUGCAACGCCAACUGGCUCUUGAAGUAAUAGUUACAUUAUCUGAGACCGCAGCUGCUAUGCUUAGAAGGCAUAUCAAUAUUGUUGCACAAGCUAUUCCUCAGAUGUUAACAAUGAUGGUUGACCUAGAAGAAGAUGAAGACUGGGCAAAUUCUGAUGAGUUAGAAGACGAUGACUUUGACAGCAAUGCUGUUGCUGGUGAGAGUGCGUUGGACAGAAUGGCUUGUGGCCUUGGUGGAAAACUUGUUCUGCCUAUGAUAAAAGAACAUAUUAUGCAAAUGCUUCAGAAUCCUGACUGGAAGUGUAGACAUGCUGGCUUGAUGGCUCUCUCAGCUAUUGGCGAAGGCUGUCACCAACAGAUGGAGGGGAUUCUGAAUGAAAUAGUUAACCUGGUUUUGCUUUUUCUUCAGGACCCUCACCCAAGAGUAAGAUAUGCAGCUUGCAAUGCAAUUGGUCAGAUGGCUACAGACUUUGCACCAGGCUUCCAGAAAAAAUUCCAUGAGAAGGUAAUUGCAGCUCUUCUGCAGACCAUGGAAGACCAAGGCAAUCAGCGAGUUCAGGCUCAUGCAGCCGCUGCUCUGAUCAACUUUACUGAAGACUGUCCCAAAUCACUGCUUAUUCCUUACUUAGAUAACUUAGUGAAGCAUCUUCAUUCCACUAUGGUAUUAAAAUUGCAGGAGCUGAUUGAAAAAGGCACUAAGUUGGUUCUGGAACAGGUUGUUACAUCCAUUGCAUCAGUUGCUGAUACAGCAGAAGAGAAGUUUGUUCCAUACUAUGAUUUAUUUAUGCCUUCUCUUAAACACAUUGUUGAGAAUGCUGUGCAGAAGGAACUUAGACUCUUGAGAGGGAAAACCAUAGAAUGCAUCAGCUUAAUUGGCCUUGCAGUAGGUAAAGAAAAGUUCAUGCAGGAUGCAUCAGAUGUGAUGCAGCUCUUGCUGAAAACACAGACUGACUUCAAUGACCUGGAAGAUGACGACCCUCAGAUAUCGUAUAUGAUUUCUGCAUGGGCUAGAAUGUGCAAGAUUCUUGGAAAGGAAUUCCAGCAGUACCUCCCUGUUGUGAUGGGUCCUUUAAUGAAAACUGCAUCAAUUAAGCCCGAAGUGGCUCUCCUUGACACACAAGAUAUGGAGAACAUUAGUGACGAUGAUGGCUGGGAGUUUGUAAAUCUGGGUGACCAGCAGAGUUUUGGUAUCAAGACUGCAGGCCUUGAAGAAAAAGCAACGGCGUGCCAGAUGUUGGUUUGCUAUGCCAAAGAGCUAAAAGAAGGAUUUGUGGAGUACACAGAGCAAGUUGUAAAACUGAUGGUUCCUUUGUUAAAAUUCUAUUUCCAUGAUGGUGUUCGUGUGGCAGCUGCAGAAUCUAUGCCUUUGCUCCUGGAAUGUGCAAGAGUUCGUGGCCCAGAAUACCUCACCCAGAUGUGGCAUUUUAUGUGUGAUGCCCUUAUCAAGGCCAUAGGGACAGAACCUGACUCAGAUGUACUGUCAGAAAUAAUGCAUUCUUUUGCCAAGUGUAUUGAAGUAAUGGGAGAUGGCUGCCUUAACAAUGAACACUUUGAAGAACUUGGGGGAAUAUUGAAAGGAAAACUAGAAGAGCACUUUAAAAAUCAAGAAUUAAGGCAAGUGAAAAGGCAAGAUGAAGAUUACGAUGAGCAAGUUGAAGAGUCACUGCAAGAUGAACACGACAGUGAUGUCUACAUUCUGACUAAAGUGUCAGAUAUUUUGCACUCGAUAUUCAGCAGCUACAAGUCAAAGGUGUUGCCAUGGUUUGAACAGCUACUACAACAAAUUGUCAACUUAAUUUGCCCACACAGGCCAUGGCCAGACAGGCAGUGGGGUUUAUGCAUUUUUGAUGAUGUCAUAGAACACUGCAGCCCAUCCUCAUUCAAAUAUGCAGAAUACUUCUUGAGACCAAUGCUACAGUCAAUAUGUGACAACAGCCCAGAGGUUAGACAAGCAGCUGCAUAUGGUAUUGGCGUCAUGGCACAAUUUGGCGGGGACAAUUAUCGGCCUUUCUGCACAGAGGCCCUUCCAUUGCUGGUGAGAGUUAUUCAAUCAGCAGAUGCCAAAACCAAAGAAAAUAUCAACGCAACAGAAAACUGCAUUUCAGCAGUUGGGAAGAUCAUGAAGUUUAAGCCUGACUGUAUAAAUGUUGAAGAAGUGCUGCCUCAUUGGUUAUCAUGGCUGCCACUGCAUGAAGACAAAGAAGAAGCUGUUCAUACUUUCAAUUAUUUGUGUGACCUAAUAGAGAGUAAUCAUCCCAUUGUUUUGGGCCCCAACAAUUCUAAUCUGCCCAAAAUAUUCAGUAUAAUUGCGGAUGGUGAAAUGAACGAAGCUAUGAAGCGUGGGGAUCCAUGCACCAAACGACUGGCUAACGUAGUUCGGCAAGUGCAGACUUCUGGAGGUUUGUGGACAGAAUGCAUAUCUCAGCUCAAUGCAGAACAGCAGGCAGCCAUACAGGAGCUGCUGAACUCUGCGUAAAGGGCCUUAAUUAUCAUCCACAAGAAAACUCCAAAUAAACAUUUACCCUUCGGUUUAGGUUUCUUUGUUUUGUUUUUAAGAGAGAAAACUGUAGUGCAUGUAGGCCAUUCUGCAACCUACAAGCAGUGGCAGCAGGAAGAAACGGUUUCAAAUGGUGUUGCAAUGAAUUUCUACCCAUCAGCACUGAAGGAGCUCCCUGUAAAACCUGCAGUAGCACUGAAGAGUAUUUUUCUAAUGGUAUGAACCAACCACAUGAUGGUGAAAGGGAAACAAGUUGAAUUUCCAUUAAGCAUAAACUUAAUUAAGACAGCUUUUAAGACCAGGUAUUCAGUAGACACCCAUUAUAACAGAUUACAGGCAUUUUUACCCUCUAGUGUUAACAUGUAUUGGAGUGUGAGUAUUUUUGUAGGGUAGAAAACACCCUUCUGCCCACCAAACCAAGUAGAUUAAGAGACUAUAAACUGACGGCAACAUCGAGCAUGAAGACUUCAUCGAUAUCGCAUUCAGUUCUCUGAAACAGGCUUGUGUAGCGACUCAAUGAAGAAAGCCAUUGAGCUCUCAGCCCUUGAAUGUGAAGUGUCUUUGGCAUGUCUGACAGUAUCUCAUCCACUCCUUCAAUAAAUGACAUUGAAAUACAAUCAAA